AUGGCUCAAACACACGAAACGAUACCGAGCGGAGAUGUCUAUGGUCCAGGAACUUUCAUGGAUAAGACAUUCAUCCCAGCGCCUCAGGAUGCUGCUCGUAUAUUUGAGUACCUCGCAAAAAGUACUCCUGGCUUCACCAAAGACAGAAGUAUUUGGCAAACUGCGAAUUUUGAAGGAAGCUCACUUCCAACAAUUCCUGGCCCCUUCAAGGCUCCCCUUGUUGCAGCUGCUCUGCACGCCAUGUGUGGAGUAGUAGCCCACGAGAUUGUCGAAGACCGUGAUGGCACCCCAGCGAGUACUCAGAAGGUUUCUGUUAACACCGACCAUGCUGCUAUCUGGCUCGCAACAAUCUAUUCGGCUUCAGUGAAUGGCAAGAGCAUACCCGAACUUGCCAAGUCGCACCAAUUGUCGGGCUUGUUCCAGCCGGAUUUCCAGCAGGGCUGGAUGUCUACGCCGAUUAGCCAACGGACCACUGCUUUGUACAAAACAAAGACCCCGGGCGUUUGGUAUCAGCUUCACGGCUCUCUUGAUUCCAGCCCUGUCUUGCGAUCAAUGGGAAUGGACCCUGGCUAUCCCGCCAAAGACUUGGACGAUGCUUAUGAUUACAUAAGCCGACAUGUAGAGCAAUGGACCGCAGACGAGCUGGAAAUGCAUAACAUCAAGAACGGGUUCUGUGGCAGCAUAUGUUUCACGCCUCAGGGGUGGUCAGAGACACUCAUGGGAAAGAGACUUGCUGAUCACCCGCUAGUCGGCUACUCUCGACAGUCGCAUGCAAUUCCGACUCCUCCGAUUCCAUUGCCUAAAAGUUCAAACGAUAAGCGGCCCUUAGCCGGCAUCAAAGUGGUAGAACUGGUUCGAAUCAUUGCUGGACCUGUCAUCGGAUGCACUCUCGCUGCGCUUGGUGCUGAUGUUAUCCGUGUGAAUUGCAGCCGACUGGUGGAUCUUAACGCUUUGCAGCUUACUCUGAAUACAGGGAAACGCACGAUCGACAUUGAUUUGGCCAAGGAGGAAGAUAAGUCCCGCUUGCGCGAACUAGUUUCGGGCGCCGAUGUUUUCGUGCAAGGCUUCCGCCCUAAUGCGAUCGCAAGAAAAGGCUUCGGAGUCAACGAGAUCCUCGAGAUGGCCGGCAGCCGCGGAAGGGGCAUAGUGUACGUCGAGGAGAAUUGUUACGGUCCCGACGGGCCGUAUCAUGAAAGACCUGGCUGGCAGCAGAUCGGAGAUGCUGCUUCAGGUUCGUCCUACGUGAUGGGCCGAUCCUUGGGCUUCAAGGACGGCACGAGCAUUCUUCCGCCUCUUCCAAUCUCCGAUAUGACGACUGGUCUUGUAGCUGCUUUGGGAACUCUAAUGGCACUCCGUGAUCGGGCUCGACAUGGUGGCUCGUACCGUGUGACAAGCUCUUUGGUGAAGGCCGACGCGAUCGCACUGGAACCGGAGAUCGGUCUUUACUCUCCUGAGACUGUCGAUCAGAGUAAACAGUUGUUUAAAUGGGGUCAUAUCGGCCCUUCGCAGUUCGUGCUGGAAAUACUUGAUGUCGUUAUGGAUGGAUGGAAAAGCGUAUUCCCUCAAUACUUUGGAUCUGGACCUCAAUCAUUCAUGACCAGUUUCCAAGACGGACCAUGGGGUCCCACUGAGAAUCUGAAGCCUGUGAUUCAGUUAGGCGAUUCAAGUUUGACGCCUCGCUGGUUGACAGCCGCAGUUCCCCACUGCUACUACCCACAAAACAUCGAAUGGCUCUGA